AUGACGAUGGAAAAGAUGAUCAAGCAUCAAGAAUUGGCCAAUAAGAACCAUGAAGCUUCAUUAAGGAAUCUGGAAAGACAAAUUGGACAACUGUCCAAGCAAAUAGUGGCUGAAAGACCAACUAGUGCACUUCCAAAUGAUACCAUUCCCAAUCCCAAAGAAGAAUGUAAAGCAAUCCAAUUAAGGAGUGGAAGAACCCUGGAGAAUGACAAAGAAGCUAACAAGAAGCAUGUGGAGAAUGAUAUUGGCAGCAAGAAGCGAGUAGGAGAAAAAGACAAGCAAGACCAAGAGGAGUCCAAACAGAAGGAGGAAGAGCUCCAGGCUUCAAAGAAAGGAAAACAAAUAAUGAAGGAGCAUCCACAAGAACAGAAGAAGAAAGGACUACCACCAAAGCUCAAGGACCCUGGAAGCUUCUUUCUAUCAUGUACUAUUGGUAGCAUGCCAUUGGACAAAGCCCUCUGUGAUCUAGGAGCAAGCAUCAACUUGAUGCCUCUCUCAUUAAUGAUGCAACUUGCAAUAGAGGAACUCAGAACAACUAGAAUGUCACUUCAAAUGGCAGAUCGGUCACUCAAGAUACCUAAUGGAGUGGUGGAGAAUUUGUUAGUGAAGGUUGGAGAAUUCAUCUUCCCUACUGACUUUGUCAUUUUAGACAUAGAAAAAGAAGAGCAUAACUCAAUUAUCUUGGGUAGACCUUUCUUGGCCACAACAAGGGCCAUUAUAGAUGUAGAGAAAGGUGAAAUGUUCCUCAGAGUGCAUGAUGAACAAAUGAUCAUCAAUGUCUUCAAAGCUAUAGAAUACCCUCCUGAGAAAGCACAGCACAUGAGAGUGGAAAUGAUAGAAAAACUGAUAGAGGAAGUGUUUGAAGCCAACGGUCAAGAAGAACAAGAAGAAGAGACAGAAGCCGUUCAAGAAGUCUCUGAAGAACAAGGACUGAAAUUCCCUCCAAAGGCGAGACAAAGGAGAAACCAAAACAAGAUCUGA